CCAUCCAACCUUCUUCUUCUAUCUACUUGAUCUCUCUCCACUCCAUUGAUAACCUAGCUAACUUCAUAUCUCCAUCUAUAAAUUUACUCCCUCUCUUUUUCUGUAAGUUUUUAAAUGUCAUUUUUGCAGCUUUUCACUAUACAUUUCUGAUCUCUACAAUCUCUGCCUUAAUUUCCUUCUUAAUUUAUCAUCACUAUUUAUAUCUUCUCUUCUGUAAUUUCAUUUAAUUUCCUGUUUCUUUAAACCCUAGCCAGCUAAAAAUAUCAAUUCCGAUUCAAAUUUUCAAAAACCAUACAUUAUUAUGGCUUCUGUGAUGAUGAUCAGCUCUACUCCUAACACUAAUCAAAAAUCUUUUUUGAUUGGAAAAAGACACGAUAGUAAAAAUUUGAUGAUGCUUAAAGAUUACCUUAGAGAUGAUUUCAGCUCUUGUUCAUCUAACGGCUUCAAAUCUUUCCCUCGUAAACAAUGCUGCACUACCGUCCGAUUUCUCCUCGAGAUCGAUCUCAACAACACCAAUGCCAACUCCAAACAACUGCAAAAAUUUGCUAGAAGUAAAUCGUCGUCUGGCAAAUCAGCUUCUUCUGCAAUCUCUGCUCUUCAAAAAGCUGUCGUUAACGCCGUUAAGCUACUUCCCUUCCCUUCUUCUUCAUCCAGCUCCAAGUCUCCGUCGCCGUCGAAGCUUUUGCCGCGCAGUUUUUCACGGAGGAUUUUUAAGAAAAGCUUCUGGAAGAAAGUGGAGCAUAGAAAAAGAGCUGACGGCGGCACUGACGGCUGUAAUGACGGUGGAGAGAUCACACGGAGGAGAUUGUUCCACGAAUUUCUUGAAGAAAAUGAUCAUAAUAAUAUACAGUCCACUCAUCAACAUCAUUCAACGAGUUCAAGCAGUAACAGUAAAAGUAGCAGCUGGAGUGAGAGCGAAUUUAGCGGUAAUUCAGAAAGUUACAGCAGCAGCACAAGCAAAAACGGCGUCGUCUUAUCCGAUGAAAAAGUUUUACCGAGCGGGCAAAAAGUUAGCGAUGGAGUAGGCGUAACAAUCGCAAAGGAAUGGGCUAAUGAGGAGGAGGAAAAAGAGCAAUUCAGUCCAGUGUCUGUACUGGACUGCCCAUAUCAGGAUGAUGAAGAAGAGAGUAAUAGCUCUCCUUUUCAACGAAAGCUUGAUCGCAUGGAAGGUGGUAAGCAGAAAUUGGCGGCAAAGACAAGGUCAUUUGAGUCUGUAGCUCAAGUAGAGCCGGUGAAGUUGGAAAAGCGAAUAGAAUUGGCAGGAUUAGAAGAUAAUUAUGACUUGGUUAAAUCCCCAAUACAAACUUCUUCUAUGUCCGCAGUUGAUGUUAAAGAAGAAAAAGCUCAACAACUUGUUAAUCUUAUUAAGACAACAACAACGCCAUCAAAUAGCCUGACAUUCAAGGCAAAUGAUGGUUUAUUACUAGAUUUCUUCAGAGAAAAAAGUGUAGAAAAAAAUAUUGGCAUGGUAAAAGAAGAAGAAGAAAUCAAAGAAUUAUUCAAACAAGAAUUAGAAAUAGUUAAAGAUUGGAUAAAUGGGCACCCACAGGAUAUGUUCUUAGGAUGGGAGGUGAAGGAUAACAGACUUGUUUACAUUAAAGAUAUGGAGAGGAGUGCAGAAUGGAGAAACUUAAAUGAAGAACAAGAGGAGCUGAUUCUAGAGUUGGAGCUUGCAGUUUUCACUGACUUGGUGAAUGAAGUAUUGCUUGAUGUUCUGUGUUGAUGUGAGUAUUAGAAGAGAGAUUAAUUAGUUAAAUUAAUUAUAUUAUGUUCUAUUAAGUCAAGGUUGUUCUACUCAUUUAAGGCAGCAGCUGGUGGUUUUAGCUUUGAAUGAUUACAGCCACCUUGAAUCAGAAGGCACUUUUAGGAUAUAGUAUUAGCAUAGAUUUUUUGUUUGUUUAGCAGACAAAAAUGGUGAAUUUGAACUUGGUAUAUCAUUUUUAUUAUAAUAAGGUUAUUGUUUUUGUCUCA